CAGAAUAAGUUCGAUUGAACUAUUCCGAACGAUCGAACUCGGGACUCAACAACUGAACUUUAUCCUUCACUUGAACUGCGUUGAACUACUCUAAUAUGAAUUUAUCGAUUGUCUAAAUUCGAUUUAAAAUCGAAUCCCGGUGCAGCACAAGCGUAUUGUUUACAUAAAAAAUAAUUUUGUUAAUAUUAAAUCAAUGGCCACUUAUAAUAUGCUCACCGAUGAGCAAGCUAAGCUGAAUUCACGCCUGGAGGCUCACAUAGUGUACAUAUGCCCCGAAUGCGGUAAAGCCUUUCGCACCCAAGUUGAAUGGCGGCAGCACUUGAAUAUGAAACAUGACUAUUUGAGUAAGACAUUUGUCGAUUUCAAAUUUACCCAAGUCGAUGAACAUUUUCACGAGUGUCAAGUGUGCUUCAAGUAUGUGGAGAACGCCCACAAGACCAUUGCGCUGCUGCAGUAUCAUUAUUUCUUGCAUUUGGAACAUCGUGAAACUUACCGAUGUGUGCACUGUCGCUGCGCAUAUACAAGACGUCGUGCCUUGAAUGAACAUUUGAUGAACACACACUUGAAAGAAAUUGAAAAGUACGAAGCUAAACUAAAGCAAGCAAAGCGCAGCACUGGGGAUAUAAGCUCAAAAAUAGCUAUCUCAAAACAACAGGCAGAAAAUCGGAAAGAUUUAUUGCAGAAGGCACUACUAGACAUUGAUUUGCAAACCGAGUUGCCGGAAAAUACAGUGGCCACAAAACUGAAAGCCAAGCCCAAUGCUAGCGAGCAAGCACUCGAUCGUUGUCUAGACGCCUACGAAGAUAUUAUACGCAAGGAAACGGAAAAUGAGGAAAAUCCCGAGGAAUUAAAUGAGCUGUGUGAGGAAUUCUUUGAGGAACAACCUUCAGAAUCAACCAAUGCGCAGCAGCCAAAGGAAUUAGUGAUUAUUGAAAUUGAUGCGUUGGGUAAAGAGGAGGUCGCUAGCUUAAAGAAAAAAAUGAGCUCGCAAAGCAUCAGAAAAGCUGAACGAGAGAGUUCACCACCAAAAAAACGCCGUCGCUUGCCGACACAAGAAGAAGAUGAGAAUCCUGAAAUGUCAAGCAAUGAGCUAGCUAAGCUAAUUUCAUAUUUAUGCCCAACAUGUGGCAAAGAGAUUGAUGCUAUGGAUGACUGGCGUAAACAUGUAUUCAAAAUGCAUGAUUUUGAGAACUUCAUUGGGAAUAGCUUUAAAAUAAAAGAUACUCAGAGCACUUGCCUACAAUGCCACGAUGUACUGCAUACUACGUCGCGCAGCGAUCUGCAAAAGCAUUGCUUUAAACACCUGCCAUAUCGAUCGUAUCUAAAGUGCACCUUAUGCGAUCGUACAAAGACGAGCAUGUCCAAAAUGUUUAAUCAUAUACGCUACAAUCAUCAAGAUGAGCUUCAAAACAAGAACAAAACGCAGAUUAUUGUCAAAUCUGAGCCGCGCUCGACCCAAACACAGCGCAUAACUAAGCAGCAUGAAAACCACGACAGCCAUGGAUUAGACGAUAAAGAAGACAACGACGACGACGAUAAUCUUACCUGUCAAUACUGCAAUAAAAUAUUUAAAACGAAAUGGCGUUUUGACAGGCAUAUACUUCUAUGUAAAGCAUCGGGAGCACCAAAGCACUCAUAUGUGACGACUGCAGACGAUUUGCUGAAGCAUUUACAAGAAGGACGUCAACGCAUUCACGCUAUUUGGAGUAAAAUGCAAACGACGACAAUAUGAGAUUUCAAUUAGAAACGCUAUGGCCCUGU